CAAUGGUGACACAUGCAAUACAACUGCACUACACUGCACUGCACAGCAUGGCAUUCAUUCAACGUGACUCCAAAGCAUAUCAUCAACUCCAAGCUUGCACUUCACACAUAAAAGCACCAAAUCAAACCCCAAAAAACCAAAAACACAAACUUAAAACUCCAAAUUUCCAAAACCAAUAAUGAAAAUUGCCUCAUCUCAGAUUCAAAUUCAACAACCUGGGCCUCCCACAACCACCACCACCACCACCACCACCACCAACUCAUUCUCUAUUGAAUCCAUUGAAGCCUCAAUCCAAAGCCUCACAAGGAGCUGGCAUAGAAGGCAACAAUGGCACAGGUUUUUUUGGUUUGAUAAUAAUAAUUCCACACAAUUUCAAGACCUAAAUUUAGCCCCUUGGAGAACCCACUUGGCCAAUUUUCUAGAGUCCACACCAAUCCAUGCGAUUUCUAUCUCCCUCCUCAUUGUAGAUCUCAUCCUCACCAUCCUUGAACUCUCCUCAUCUUUGCUAACCGAGUGCAACAACUCACCAAACAAGAACAAAAAAACCACACCAGAAAUUUGGUACCACUGGGUGGGCAUUGCUAUACUCGCCCUGCUUUCGGCAAAGACGGUGGCUCAAGCUGUGGGGCUUGGCAUGCGUACGUUUCUCCGGAGGCGUCCCGGUUACGUCAUUGACGGCGUCGUUUUGAUGGGUGCGCUGGUUUUAGAAGCUUUUUUCGAGAGGAAGGGAGGGGGGCUGCUUGUUGUGGUGAGUUUGUGGCGUGUUGUUAGGGUUGUAGAGAGUGCUUUUGAGUUGAGUGAUGAGGCCAUUGAAGCGCAGAUUCAAAGUGUUGUUUGCCAGUUUGAGAUGCUCAAGGAAGAGAACAGGAGACUCGCAGAGACCAUUAGUGAGCAGGACGAAAUUAUCGAGAAGCUCCAGGAAGAUUUAGAUCAAUAUUCUACUCGCUUUAUGAUCAACGGUUAUCAUAAACCGUAAUUAGCCCAUUCACUAUAAUUCGUUAAUAUUUUUACAUCUUAAUUUUUCUUCAUUGAUUUUCAUUGGACAUUAUUUUUACAACCCUCCUAUAUCUAAUA